GAGGACUAUUCUGUGAUAGGCCAUCGAGAAGCGACCUGAUGCUAGUAGAAGCACCGGUGUUGCAUUCUUAUCUGUGAGGAUGGGCGAGCUACUCAACCACAGCGGAAUUUUGGCAUUGAACAGGACUUUAAUGGAUGAUGACAAAUUCGGCAGUCUGGAGGAUAUUGACGUGACCGCGGACGGCACUCCGAUUCUAAGGAUAAUCAUCUCCGUUGUUUACUCCAUUGUGUGCGCGGUAGGGUUAAUUGGGAACUUGUUAGUCUUUUUCCUAAUGAGGUUAAAACAGGGGCGGAAGAAAUCGAGUAUUAACUUUUUCAUCAUCAACUUGGCAGUGACGGACUUCCAGUUUGUGUUGACUCUGCCGUUCUGGGCAGUGGACACCGCACUGGACUUCAGCUGGCCGUUUGGAGACGCCAUGUGUAAAAUCAUCCUUUCCGUAACAGUUAUGAACAUGUACGCUAGCGUGUUCUUUCUGACUGCUAUGAGUGUGACCAGAUACUGGUCUGUCGCCUCGGCUCUGAAGAACCGGUCGAGACAGAGGUCGUGUUCGGUGAAAUUGGUGUGCGCGGUGCUGUGGGUCUCCGCAACCCUUGCCACAGCACCCACUACCAUUUUCUCCUCAGUGACCGUAGUGGCCGGGGAGAAGCUCUGCCUCAUCAGGUUCCCUGAGGGACAUGACUGGCUCGCGCUCUAUCAUCUCCAAAAAAUCAUCAUAGCGUUCGUCAUACCCAUGCUGAUAGUGUCCGUCUGCUAUCUGAUGCUCUUACGGUUUAUCCGUCUGAGGAGCAUGAACAACAACCACCCCAAAAGGAGGUCGAGGGUGACCAAAUCUGUCACCAUCGUCGUCCUCUCCUUCUUUCUUUGCUGGAUGCCAAAUCACGCCAUCACAUUCUGGGGUGUAUUGGUGAAAUUUAACGCUGUCAAUUGGGAUAAAUCCUACUAUUUGGUCCACACCUAUGUAUUCCCGGUGACUGUGUGCCUCGCGCAUGCCAAUAGCUGCUUGAACCCAGUUCUGUAUUGUCUCAUGCGACGAGAAUUCAGAAAGAUGCUGAAGGAUUUGUUUUGGAGAAUUUCCUCACCAGCCAUCUCCAAAGCCUGUACAAUACGUACGUUUACGGGGACGUGCAACACACGUGUAACACACGACGACAACCAAGGGGUUAUUCCCUUGAAUGUUCUAGACACCACACAAUGUCGACUAUCCUUUAUUGACAGACCGGAUCUUCCCGUAAUACCGGGUCUACCCGGAAUGGCACCUGAAGAUUCACAGUGCAUCCACCAGACAUAAUUCACUUACUCUGUGAAACGACUUGCUGUAAUUACGCAUGCAUUUUGGAACUAUAAAUGACAGACUUCUUGAGUUCCCAAUGUUGUCAUUACCCACGGGGCACCAAUUGCGCAGAGUAGGCCAACGGAGUGAAAAGCAGUAUUUACAGAAAUUUGUUGCGUCCCUGGCACGCACUGGAAUGGGUAGGACAUGUACUUGGGAAACUUUACGCGCAAUGAUUACAUGUUGAUUUUAAGAAAAGAGAGUCACAAAUUUAGAGUACACCGAAGUCCAUAUUCCCUGUGGAUGUUAUGCCCCGUGUUGGAAUGUUGAGAUGUUUCUUCUGUCUUCCAUUCAAGCUCACACAUUGCCAUUCAGAGCCAAUGCACACAUUUUUGGUACAUGACAAUGGAAAUAAAUGUGAU